GGAAAAACAGAAGUAAAAUCCCAAAAACUUCGAGGUCUUAUUAUAUCAUUCUCUCUCUGCUUCUCCUUCACCGUAGGGUUGCAGCAGAUAAACGCCACCAUUUUCUUCCUCUUUCUCUGAACGCAGCUCAUCACCGCCGAACGCCACACUCGGAACCUCUCCGGGCACUCUAGGACGUGAGGCCCUUUCUCUUUAACCGCAACAAUGGGUGCCUCACUCCCCCCCAAAGAGGCCAACCUCUUCAAGCUCAUAGUCAAAUCAUAUGAAACUAAACAAUAUAAGAAGGGACUGAAGGCAGCAGACGCCAUAUUGAAAAAGUUUCCAGACCAUGGAGAAACAUUAUCAAUGAAGGGGCUAACAUUAAAUUGCAUGGACCGCAAAUCUGAAGCAUAUGAACUUGUCCGGAUAGGACUGAAGAAUGACCUGAAAAGUCAUGUUUGCUGGCAUGUUUAUGGUCUUCUUUAUCGGUCAGACAGAGAAUACAGGGAGGCAAUAAAAUGCUACAGAAAUGCUCUGAGGAUAGAUCCAGACAAUAUUGAAAUACUCCGUGAUCUGUCACUCCUACAGGCUCAAAUGCGGGAUUUGAGCGGUUUUGUUGAGACAAGGCAGCAACUUCUGACUUUGAAACCAAAUCAUCGCAUGAAUUGGAUUGGCUUUGCUGUUUCCCAUCAUUUAAAUUCAAAUGCUUUAAAAGCUGUUGAAAUUCUGGAAGCAUAUGAAGGGACUCUAGAAGAUGAUUAUCCUCCAGAUAAUGAGCGUUGUGAGCAUGGGGAGAUGCUUUUAUAUAAGAUUUCGUUGUUAGAGGAAUGUAGCUUAAUUGAGAGAGCUCUUGAGGAAUUGCACAAGAAAGAGUCAAGAAUUGUUGAUAGGUUGGAUUAUAAAGAACAAGAGGUUUCUCUUUUGGUGAAGCUUGGUUACCUAGAAGAAGGUGCUGAAUUGUAUAGGGUGUUGCUUAAAAUGAAUCCUGACAACUAUCGAUAUUAUCAAGGCCUGCAAAAAUGUCUUGGGCUGUAUGCAGAGAAUGCCCAGUAUUCACUUGAUGAAAUUGAACACUUGGAUGCCUUGUACAAAUCCCUUGCACAGAAAUACAGUUGGUCGUCGGCUGUUAAGAGAAUACCACUUGAUUUCUUACAAGGUGACAAGUUUCGAGAAGCUGCAGAUAAUUAUAUCAGGCCUCUCCUUACUAAGGGAGUUCCUUCAUUAUUCUCUGAUCUUUCUCCUCUGUAUGAUCACCCUGGAAAGGCAGACAUUCUGGAACAACUUAUUCUUGAGUUGGAACAGUCAGUUAGGAUGACUGGUCGAUACCCUGGGAGGGUAGAGAAGGAGCCCCCAUCGACCCUUUUGUGGGCCUUGUUUUUAUUGGCUCAGCAUUAUGAUAGACGAGGUCAAUAUGACAUGGCUCUAUCGAAAAUUGAUGAGGCCAUAGAGCACACUCCAACUGUGAUUGAUUUAUAUUCUGCAAAGAGUCGGGUUUUGAAGCAUGCUGGUGAUUUGCCUGCUGCUGCUGCAUUAGCAGAUGAAGCUAGAUGUAUGGAUCUUGCGGAUCGCUAUAUAAAUAGUGACUGUGUUAAGCGUAUGCUGCAGGCUGAUCAGGUUCCUUUGGCAGACAAAACUGCUGUACUGUUCACAAAAGAUGGUGAUCAGCACAACAACCUUCAUGAUAUGCAGUGCAUGUGGUAUGAACUUGCUUCCGGUGAGAGUUAUUUCCGCCAAGGUGAUCUUGGACGAGCCUUAAAAAAAUUUUUAGGUGUGGAGAAGCAUUAUGCUGAUAUUACAGAAGAUCAGUUUGACUUCCAUUCUUAUUGCUUAAGGAAAAUGACGCUGCGUGCCUAUGUUGAAAUGCUUAAAUUUCAAGAUCGGUUGCAUUCACAUGCUUAUUUUCACAAAGCAGCAGUUGGUGCAAUCAGAUGCUAUUUGAAGUUGUAUGAUUCGCCUUUGAAAUCUACAUCCGAAGAAGAUGAUGAGAUGUCUAAGUUGCCCGCUUCUCAAAAAAAGAAGCUGAGGCAAAAACAGAGAAAGGCAGAAGCACGAGCUAAGAAGGAGGCAGAGGGAAAAAAUGAAGAAUCCAGUGCAGGUGGUGUUUCUAAGUCUGGGAAACGAAAUGUAAAGCCUGUUGAUCCUGAUCCGCAUGGGGAGAAGUUGUUGCAGGUUGAGGAUCCGAUGUUAGAAGCUACGAAGUACUUGAAGCUGCUUCAGAAGAACUCGCCUGAGUCCUUGGAGACGCACUUGCUUUCUUUUGAAGUAAAUAUGAGGAAGCAGAAGAUUUUGCUUGCCUUUCAGGCUUUGAAGCAGCUUCUGAGGUUAAAUGCUGAACACCCAGACUCGCAUCGGUCCUUGAUUAAAUUCUUCCAUAAAGUGGGUUCAAUGCCUGCUCCUGUGACGGAUGGUGAGAAACUCAUUUGGAGUGUCUUGGAAGCUGAGCGCCCAAUGAUCAGUCAAUUGCAAAAUAAGUCUUUGGUGGAGGCAAACAAGAAUUUCUUGGAGAAACAUCAAGAUUCUUUAAUGCAUAGAGCUGCAGUUGCAGAAAUGCUAUAUGCUCUGGAAUCUGACAAGAAAUCUGAGGCUAUUAAAUUAAUAGAAGAGUCAACCAACAAUAUGGUGCCCAAAAAUGGAGCGCUUGGACCUGUCAGAGAGUGGACACUCAAAGAUUGUAUUACAGUCAACAAACUCCUUGAAACUAUUCUUGGUGACCCUGCUGCUGCUUUGAGAUGGAAAAAACGGUGUGCUGAGUACUUCCCUUACUCAACAUACUUUGAAGGUAAAUGCAGCUCUGCCGUACCCAACUCACCAUACAACCAAAAUGGAAUAGCGAACCAUACGGAAGGGGAGCAAAGUGCAGAUUCCAUUGCAGUAAAUGGAAAUUUAGAGGCAUUCAAAGGCCUUACUGUCCAAUCAUGAAGCUGAAGAGAAACAUUAACUAAAGAAACAUGCAAAUUCACGGUUUUUUGAUUGACAAAUCACAAAACCAAGCUGCAGGUCAGAAGCGUAUGUGGAGGGUAGAUCGGAUUGCAGCUUUUUUGAGAUAACUAUACCGCGGUUUUGUGCAAAGUAAUGGUUUGCAUGAAGAUGAGGUUUGCUUGGAAAUGUGUAUAAUCAACUUUCUAUUGUGCCUCUAGGGUUGGUUUUUCCUUCUUAAUUUUGAGUUUUUGUGAGGGUCUGGAGUCUGCUUGUUGGUACGUGCUUGUACGCUUGAGCUUUUACCAAUAGGUCGGAGGAGAUGCAGAAUAUCAUUUUUUUUAGCGAUGGUUUUAGAUCCGGUCGGAAUAGAUCCAGGAGCAAUGUUGUACUUUUACCAUUUCAUUUCCAUUUCCUUUCAUUAUGUAUAAACACUAGAUUAUUUGAAAUUUUUUGCCAUGGAUAUUACUUCAACAUCAACGCGUUUGGUAGCGUUUGACAUGAACCAAUUUUGUCUAUUUUUCCUAUCGAA